AUGGAGCAAACACCACAUGUAGUACCAGGAUCAGAUGCUGAUCAACUGCCCCAAUCCAGACAGCGCAAUUUAUCCUAUGCGAAUGAUACAAGCUCUGAAGAAUUCAUCUUAUCUGAUGGGCGAAAACUUGGAGUCGCAUAUUACGGCGCAAGGAGUGGCUCGGCAGUGUUUUAUCUGCAUGGCUACCCUGGCUGCCGACUUUCAGGUGGAGUGUUUUUUGACGCGCCUGGCAAGAAGCUAGGGGCCAGGAUUAUUGCUGUAGACAGGCCAGGGAUUGGAAACAGCUCUCCUCAACCCGGCCGCGCCCUGUUGGAUUUCCCAAACGAUAUCCGUGAACUUGCGGAACACUUAAAUCUCCAAUCUUACGGCAUAAUUGGUGUAUCGGGCGGUGGUCCAUAUGCGCUCGCAUGUGCAUAUUCGUUACCGGAAGAAAAUCUGAAGAGCGUCUCCGUCAUUGGCGGAGUGGCCCCCAUUGAUGUCGGGAUGAAGGGCAUGAACUGGGGCAACUGGCUCACGUUCAUAGGGCUGCUAUAUUUUCCGAUCAUAAUUCGUUGGCUGCAGAUCAGAGUGGUUACUAUAUUGAAUAGUAUGCCAAACGAGAAACUAGUUGAGCUAGUGCUCAGCGGAUUGGCGAAGAAAUCAUCACGUUGGAUAAGCCCGGAUCUGGAGACUCUGAAAGACCCCGAGUUUCUGACCAUGGUACUUGAUUUAUAUAGAGAGCAUUACAAGCAAGGAGUGGAUGGGUAUAUGGAGGAUGGGCGGGUUUUGACAAGUAAUUGGGGAUUCCGUUUGGAAACCAUUCACCCAUCUAUACCAGUUCAACUGUGGUAUAGUAAGAAAGACACGAACGUGCCUUUCCGGAUGGGCGAGGCAAUUGCCUCGCGUCUGAGUUCCCGCCCAGACUUUCAUGUUGAUGAAGACGAAACCCAUUUAAAUCUUGUCCUGAAGUAUAACGCCGACGCUCUGGAGCGUUUGGUACAGAAUAUCUGA